AUGCACGGCGGGGGGCGGCGAAUCGGCAGCUUCGUCAUGCCGCUCUACACACUCCGGGAAAGGAGCAGCGAAGCCAGCCCCCCCGAGUAUCUCGCCAGCCUCGCCUUCAGCUCCCCUCGGCUCCUCUCUCCGACGGGCAGCCCUCCCGUGCGCAGGCCGAGGGAGCAGAAGGAGCAGGCAUGCCGCCGACAGCUGCGCGAGCCUGGUGGUCUCAGUUUGGACAUGUUCCCGAAAGGGGAGCCCUGUACGGACCAUGACCCUGGGCGCCUGGUGAGCGACGCAUCGUCGAGCUGCUACGACAUGAGCCCGCCAUCCACCAUACGCGGCGGCACCGCGCACGAUGAGAACCUCAGGCACGGAAACACUCUUAGGGCAUCCGGUCUGGAAAAGUACAGCCGCGCAAACGACUGUCUGUCCAACCUGCGGUCGAGCUCCGGCGGCAGCAGUGGCGUCAGCGUGCACGGCGCCGCCGAGGAUGCCGCUGCUGCGGCCAGGGGGUGGCAGAGGGGACUGUCGACGCCCCCGACGGCGGACAGAUCCGUCAAACGGAAAUCUUUCGGGCUGGGGGUCACCAACGGCAGCGGCGGGUCCAAAAUUCACGACAGAUUCUCCUCUCUGACGUCAAGAUCCCGCCACUAUGACGGCACGUCUGAGGACCUCGGCGAGCCAUCAUCCACGCGGGAAACGGUCACAACCGAAGAUCCACGUCGUACCGUUGACCUACACCCCAAACGCAAGGCCUCCGUUUUCUCGAUGCGCAGCCGUCCCGAGACGAUGGGCCGGAAGAGACGUCGCUCCCCCGUGCUCCAGAGAUUCGCCGACACCAUAUCCCAGAAGUUGACAUCUGUCAGGCGCAAGCUCCGACACCGCCGAGAGCCACCCGGAAGACCCACCAACUUUGCCGCAUGGAAGGCCGCGCGGGUGCAAGCACAGCGCACCCAUCGCACGGACGCGCCGUCUCAGUCGGGUCUGUUCGGCGUCGGCCUGGUCAAUCACUCCGCGGACAGCUCGUUUGCAGGUGUCGGGAGUGGUGAGGGAGGGAGCGAGUGGUGGAACGAGGGCGCAAGUAAGUACUCUGCACCGCCUUGGAUGGCCUUUGGCAGCGGCGGUAGCCUAUAUGCAUCAGCACCGCCUUAUUCACGUCAUGUGUGA